AUGGAGAACGAUGAUGGAUGUCAAAGAUCCCAGCGUUCCAAGCCGAAUUCCAACCGGUUACAACAUGCUCGAUCCAAGCUGUACGAUCCCCGGAAGGGAUCGGCGUAUACCAAGCUCUCCAAGACGCAUGAGACGAAGCUCAGGCAACUGCGAGAGAACGAGAGGGCAGUAAGUCUGUCCACGGUGCUGCGGCCACUCCAAUCCUCCCGUUCGUGCCAGUCGCUCUGCAAUGACGGCAGCACUUCCUACGUGGAGACUUCCGACUCAGGCAGCCAAGAUUCGGCGUCGGAUUCGCCAACUGCCUUCUGUCCCAACGAUCAACGCAACCCAAAGAGCACAGCCCGCCAGAGUCUGUACAUCAACUCGACGGCUGCGAGGAGGAGCGGCAAUGUAGAGGAGGCGGCGCCAACCAUAUCACUUCCCCUGAACCUGGAUGACGAUAAGAGUGUGUCCCGCUCUAGCGUGUCGCGUGCUGCGUUGCCGCGGCGAAUACGCGAUAUGGAAUGCAAGUUGCGCAUGCCGGAUGACGAACCCAUUAGUGUGGUAAAGGAGCUGCAAGACACAGCGGGACGAAGUAAAACUGAUUCCACGUCGUCGAAAGCGUUAAGUGGCUCUAUAGCAAUCGAGUCGUUCAGGAAGUCGACGCUGCCGAGUUUCAGGAACACGCCCCAACGACCUCACUCAUUCUCUAUGCUCACCUUCAACGUCGGCUUGCUGGAGGUGCGCAUGUUUGGCAUACAGAUGUACCAAAACCCGGGAUACACGGAAAAGAGACUCAAAUGUGUGCCUAACGAGAUCCGGAAGGCAAACGCGGAUGUCGUUGCUUUCCAGGAAGUGUACAGCAACCACCACGCGAGGUACAUAACGCAACAGCUGCAGGAUAUCUACCCCUACGCCGCCAGGGACGACUGCCUGCCGGUGUCGGAGGAUUUUGAGAACCUUUAUGACAAGAAUAAAAAGAAGAAGCGGGGCAUCGGGAUGUUCCAUAGCGGACUGCUUUUUCUUAGCAAGUUCCCCAUUCUGUGCGCGAAAUUCCACGCUUGGGACGUCGUGACGCACCUGGAGGCUAUGCUGGCUAACAAAGGCUACAUGGAGAUUUUUGUCGACAUCCCCUCCGUUGGGAAAAUUGCCUUCUACAACAUGCACAUGGCCAGUGCAAGCGUCAACCCGGAGUCUGUGCAUAUCGAGAACGUCAGAAACGAGGAAGUUAAACAGAUCCUGAAAAGGACGGAAAAGGCGUGCCGGCUGGGGUUCGCGCCCAUCAUCAUAGGGGAUCUAAACGCGGCGCCUAACAACUGUGCCAGCAACUACAUGUCGUUCCUGCACAGCGGCUGGACGGACUCGUACGUCCUGUCGCGACAAAAGGCCAAGCAAAAGCGAUGGCUGGGGCUGAAGGAUAGGCGGAUAAAGAAAAACGAUUCCACGUUCGAGAGUCCACUCACCAGCGACGAGUCCAUAGGGGUGGAAAAUGUGUUUGGCGACAACAAGUCCCAAAAACCGCACCUUGAAAAGGUCACGAUCAUGUCGAACAUGCCCAGGAGUCGUUCGGGAGGCAAUAUGCGGCACCCCCAUAUGGGACCUCGAGAGGGCUCGAGGUGGAGCAGAUUCGUGGAAUAUCUCUCACUGCCAAAGGGGGACCGUCUGCGCAGAGCCGCCACAAGCUGGAAACAUUCAAAAACGUACCGCCCCCGUGCGAACUCAAUACGUCUACGCAGAAUCCACACAGCCAACAGGCACCGCGCCCCUAAAUCCAAGAAGCUGGCAAAGCUGCACAAAAGGCUUCUCAAAAACAAACUUAGCGUUCGUGUUAAGGCGCCAUGUCUGGAGUGCAAAACAGAUAAAGCCGCCAGAACAUUUAGGGAGCGAUGCUCCGCGCUGUUCCGCAGAUCCAAGAGCUUGUGGACGGGGGAACCAAAACCAACGACGCAAACGGUUGCCUUCACCACUGCACGAUCUCGUGUUGCCAUUGACCCGUCCUCAGUCUACUUUCUGGUCAAGAACCCUUCUAAGCAGCUCAAACGGCCGCGCGUCAGACGGUUCUACUGGUGGUACAGGAGACGGAAUUUUAUGGACGUCACGUGGGACCCCAAAAACCCUCUCAAUAUGCACGGCCCACACGCCGGCUGCAGCGGGCUCAGGUGCGACUACAUUUUCCUCCCUCCGCAACACAUUGCCGGGAUACUGCAAGGGUUCGCGCCCUCUGCCGGGGAAAUUCUGUUCAGGGAACCCAUUGUCAUGAUAGACAAAGUGGGGUCCGCGUACAACUGCUUGUGCUCGGCAUUCACGAGCAUGAAGAAGGUCAUGCUGGUGACUCUGUCCGAUCACUACGGCCUAAAAAUCACAAUGGUGCGCAAAAAAACCAAACCGGAGACAUCUCCGCCGAUCAUGCUGCGGCCAUCGCAAACCAUUUGA